AUGAACCUCGGUGGCGAUCUAUUACCACAGUAUCGGCAAGAAACACCAAAAACAUCACCACACAUCAUUUUACAUUAUUCAACAUUCAAAACAAUAUGGGAUUGGUCUAUUUUGGCUCUUACAUUCUAUACUGCUUUUAUCGUACCUUACAAUAUUGCCUUCAAGACUCGGGAACAUCCACCCCGUGGUACCAUUGAUAUGGUCGCUCUUAUGGAUUCUAUCGUUGAUGUAAUAUUUUUUGCCGAUAUUUUAUUAAAUUUUCAUACAACAUUCGUUGGUCCCGGUGGCGAAGUAGUAAUCGAUCCGAACAUAAUUAGGUAUAACUAUUUUAAGUCUUGGUUUCUCAUCGAUCUUCUUUCUUGCCUUCCAUAUGAUAUAUUCUACAUGUUUAAGCAUAAUGAUGAGAGGAUGGGAUCAUUGUUAAGUGCAUUGAAAGUUGUACGUUUACUGCGGCUUGGACGUGUAGCACGUAAACUUGAUAAUUAUCUAGAAUACGGAGCAGCAACAUUACUUUUACUUUUAUGUGCUUAUGUACUUGCUGCUCAUUGGUUAGCAUGCAUAUGGUUUUCCAUUGGUGAAUAUGAAGUUAAGAUAAGGUUUUUAGUACCAACCAUGCCUGAAGGAUGGUUAACGAAGCUAUCGAAGGAACUGAACUCUCCUUUUAAUUAUACCUUCAAGGAUAGGCUGAGGUUGGUUGGUGGACCUCAGCGAAGUUCUGCUUAUAUUAGUGCAUUGUAUUUCACGAUGUCCUGCUUAUCAACAGUUGGUUUUGGCAAUAUAGCAUCCACAACUGAUAAUGAGAAAGUGUUCGGUGUAUGCAUGAUGAUCAUUGCUGCACUCCUAUAUGCUGCUAUAUUUGGCCACAUGACGAAUAUUAUACAGCAAAUGACAUCUGCUACCAUAAGAUAUCACGAUAUGAUAGCAAAUGUUCGAGAAUUUAUCAAAUUACAGGAAGUACCAAAUGAGCUUGCUGAACGGAUAAUGGACUACGUAAUUAGUACCUGGGCUAUGACCAAGGGUAUCGAUACUUCAAAGGUACUCAGUUAUUGUCCGAGAGAUAUGAAAGCAGAUAUUUGUGUGCACUUGAAUAGAAAGGUAUUCAACGAACAUGCAUGUUUUCGUCUUGCUUCUGAUGGCUGUCUUCGACAAUUUGCCGUACAUCUAGAGAGCAAUCAUGCAGCUCCCGGUGAUUUGAUUUACCAUACUGGAGAAUCGGUUGAUGCGCUAUGGUUUGUUGUCUCGGGAUCACUUGAAGUGAUACAGGAUGACGAAGUUGUCGCCAUUUUAGGAAAAGGUGACGUCUUUGGUGAUGAAUUUUGGAAGCAACUUAGAACAGGUCAAAGCGCUGCCAAUGUACGUGCUCUCACCUACACAGAUUUACAUUCCAUAAAAAAGAAUAAACUUAUGGAGGUGCUUGAUUUCUAUAAAGCAUUCGCGAAUUCGUUUGCUCGCAAUUUGGUGCUAACAUACAAUCUCACUCGUCGAUUAAAAUUCCGUAAAGUAGUUGACGUGAAAAGAGAAAAAGAACUAGAUGAAAGACGUAAAAAUGAGAAACUUACGGUGUCAGCGGAACACUCGGUCCGGAAACUAUUAUUUCGGAUGCGCGAGAGGCAUGGUGCUCGAAUACUUCCAUCACAGGUGUUUGCUGAUCUCGAACGGCAAGCCAGGACAAGGCCAUCGGGAAUGCGAACGAGCACUGCUUCAGUGGAUGAUUUGCACGAAGUGCGUUGGAGUGCUGGUGUUCAACGAAAUACCGAUGAUAUUAAGUUAAACGUACUGCAUCCUGAACUGAAGAUAUGCUUCGAACACAUUGAGGAGAAAUUGCAAGCAAUUAAUUAUAUCUCUCAUAAAUUGGAGAAUUUGGAAAAGCUUGUUUUCGGACUGUAUCAUCCUGCUGGAGGAAAUGAUGAAAUGAACAUUGCUGGAACAAAGGAAGGCGAACAACAACAGUCAUUGUCUCGGACGAUUGCAACAGAUUUAGUGAGGGAUCCAUUUGCAUCAUUUAAUUCAUCGUCGUGUAUUCAAGCAACAUCCCAGUUACCCAUUUCCAUCCCACCACUACAGGAUCUCAGUAUGGAUGACGAAAAUGAUGAAUUCCAGACGUCAACACCAAAUUUUUCCACAUUGGUAUAUGUCGAAGAUGAAAUAGCAAAUGGUAGUUUGAGUCCACCAAAACUGAAACGUAUUUGA